AUGAAGAAGAAGAAGCACGUAGACCAGAGACGUAGCCGGUGACAGGUCCUCAGAAGAGCAGGGAAGAUCGACCGUCUGAGAGUCCUUUUUCAAGCAUCCAGGAAGACCACAUUGGGCCAAAAGAAUGGGAAACGUUGCGCUCUCUACAGGUCUCUUCAGAACUGUUGGAACCAUGUCUGAACGAGUCAAUGGAGGGAGGUUCGUGGCCAGGAGGAUCAGCAAUAGCAUAACUUAUUAUUAUGCUCCGUUCUCAGAGGCAGGAGACUGGACGUUAUGUCCUGCCAAAGAAUCUCUUUCCUCCUCUCCAUUGCUCUCAGAUUCUGCCUCCACUUCCCGUCCACUUCUUCUUCUAUUCUCCUGGCUUGGUGCCCAGCUAGGGGCGGUGGCCAAGUACAGGGACCUAUACCUAGACCAUGGCAUGGAUGUCCUUGUGGUCCAGAGCAGUGUAAUGCACUUCCUGUGGCCUCGAUGGGGGCUCGACUACGGGAUGGAGGUUUUGAAGGUACUGGAGGAGCCUCAGUUCUUAGAGAGGGCGUUGCUGGUCCAUGCCUCCUCCAUUGGUGGCUACACUUUCACUCAGGUACUCACCCACAUCGCUCAGAGACCAGAAAAACAUGCAGGCCUUGCCCACAGGGUGAUAGGGCACAUCUAUGACAGCUUGGUGGUUGGCACUCUGGAGCACAUGGCGAUAGGCCUUGGGAAGACUCUGGUCCCAAGUUUUGAAGGCUUAGUCAAAAAUGCUGCCUUGCUUUACUUCUGGCUCUUCAAAACCCACACGGCAGACUUCUAUGAAAACAGCAUUCAAGUUUUCCUCAACAACCCAAUUACUGCACCAGCCCUCUUCUUCUUCAGUGAAAAUGACGCCCUGUGCAACCCAGUUGUCAUGGAAAAGUGCAUUGACCUGUGGAGGAAGAGGGGCGUGACUGUGGAGAGCAGGAAGUGGAAAGAGUCAAUACAUGCAGCCCACAUGCGAUGCCACCCAGAAGACUAUCUCUCUACCCUGGAGAAGUUCUUGAACUCACUGCCCAUUUCCUCCCUCAGGGCAAAAAUGUAACUGUUGGGGGAGUAAAAGCAGGAAUUUUAAAACUGUAAGAUGCUUUAUUUAUUCUAUGCUUUAAAGAAGACAGAUUUAUUUAUCUUCCAGCUGUUGCAUUAUUAACAGUGUAAUUUAACAAAGACAAACUCCUUUUAAGCACUCUCUAUUUAAAUGAUGUGCAGUAUUUAAGGAAGUACUGUAAAGGUUAUGUUACAUGAUGCUUGUUUUGUUCAGGAAGUGUUAAAUAACUGUUUCUGCACAUUAUGUGGUAUUGUUUAUAACAGCACAUCUGUUUUUGCUCUAUGUAUUUCAGCAGAAAAGCAUGAAAUUGUAUACAUCUGAUUUAUAUAGUGCAUAGCGGGGUUUUGUUUGUUUGUGAGGGUGAGCAGGUCAGGCAGUGAGCAAUUGUGAACAGGCAUGAUGUAGGGCAGCUAAAGGCAGGGAGGGAGUGGAAAAUGAGAGUAGAUUUAGGAAAACAGGAUCUACCACUGAUCUUGUGUUGUGGUCGUAAACACAGGUAUUGUGGGGGGAGUUGUGGCGCUGACAGUACCAUGGGAGACAAAAGCGAAGGUAUACAAAGGUUAGCUGUUGGGGUUUUGUUGGAAAAUCAAUUUUGUCCCUGUUAACUGAACUGGUUAUAAGUGAAAAAUAUGACAGACAAUGCAGUCAG